CCCCCCCCCCGCCCGUCUUGCCUCACAAGCCUCAUGUCGCCGGGCUACGCGCUCUCAUCCCCCCAGCGUCCACUUGCACUGCCGACAAAAAAAAAAAUCUAACCGGUUUGUCAUCACUGACCCUCUGCGAGUAAGUUGACCGGGCUGUUUUGGCGCUCGUGGAGAAAAGUCAGAGAAGGCGAAAAAGGCGUCGGGGGAAGAUAACGUGGGAUAGAGAGGAGGGGGAAAGAGAGGGAGGGAGGACGGGAGGAGACAGGCGGAAAGAAAUACGCCUCUAUCCUCCUCCUGCACAGUCCAGCGGACUUCCAUCCGUCCAUCCUCCUGCGUGGCUGUGGAUAACAAACACGCUACCUUACAGCUCCUUCGCAAAGGAAACGUUUUCAUUAUUUUUUCCUAUAAGAAGAACCGGAGUCAGCGAAGUCUUUUCCCAACCUAUUUGCAUUUAAGGACUGUACGAGAGCGGUCGUAAUUUCGCCUUUAGUGUGCACUGGAUGUGUAUUUAUGUGCUCCUGUUGGUGACACGGACUUGGACGUCCAGCUGGCACUGAGAUGUGAUUCCCUGGGCGGUCAUUCCACUUAGACAAAGCAAAGUGUGCUAUCACAGGCCUUUGUGCUAUUGACUAUUGAGAAGCAGGAAGUACAUCCUCCUCUACUUCCGGGCCAACCAAACGUCAUGUGGACCAGAUGCCUCCUCUUCCUCUCAACCUUGUUUGCUCCCAUUGCAAUCGCCUCUAGCCGUGCGCCCAUCCCUAUGGCAGUUGUGCGACGGGAGCUGUCGUGUGAAUCUUACCCCAUUGAACUCCGAUGCCCGGGGACGGAUGUCAUCAUGAUCGAGAGCGCCAACUACGGCCGCACAGACGACAAAAUCUGCGACUCGGACCCAGCGCAGAUGGAGAACACUCGAUGCUAUUUGCCCGAUGCCUACAAGAUCAUGUCGCUCAGAUGCAACAACCGUACCCAGUGUGCUGUGGUGGCCGGCCCUGAUGUUUUCCCAGAUCCUUGUCCUGGAACAUACAAGUACCUGGAGGUCCAGUAUGAAUGUGUUCCUUACAAGGUUGAACAAAAAGUGUUUCUCUGCCCUGGAAUUCUGCGAGGAGUAUACCAAAGUGAACAUCUCUUUGAGUCUGACCACCAAUCUGGCGCCUGGUGCAAGGACCCACUGCAGGCCUCAGACAAGAUUUACUACAUGCCCUGGACACCGUACCGCACAGACACACUGACUGAGUACUCAUCCAAGGAAGACUUCAUUGCAGGCCGGCCAACCACUACGUACAAACUGCCGCAUCGCGUUGACGGCACCGGCUUUGUCGUGUAUGACGGUGCGCUGUUUUUCAACAAAGAGCGCACGCGCAACAUUGUUAAAUUUGACCUCCGGACGCGCAUCAAAAGUGGUGAGGCCAUCAUUGCAAAUGCUAACUAUCAUGACACAUCCCCCUACCGCUGGGGCGGGAAGUCUGACAUCGACUUGGCAGUGGAUGAAAAUGGACUAUGGGUAAUCUAUGCAACUGAGCAAAACAACGGGCGUGUCGUGGUGAGCCAGCUAAAUCCUUACACCUUACGCAUCGAAGGCUCUUGGGACACCAGCUAUGACAAACGCUCCGCUUCCAAUGCCUUCAUGAUAUGCGGUGUCCUGUAUGUAGUCAAGACUGUCUACGAAGAUGAUGACAACGAAGGGACGGGGAACAAAAUUGACUACAUGUACAACACUGACAAGAGCAAGGAGACGAUCAUAAACAUACCGUUUCCAAACUCGUAUCAGUACAUCGCUGCAGUGGAUUACAACCCGAGAGACAACCUCCUCUACGUGUGGAAUAACUAUCAUGUGGUCAAAUACUCACUCGACUUCGGCAACAAUGACUUCCGCCCGCCCAUCAUCCCUCCUAACAGAGGAGGAGGGGGCACAAUCGGAGGAGGCUCCUCACCCUCAACCAGUCGUUCAACCACCACUCGCUCACCCCCCUACUAUACCACCCUGCGUCCUCUCCUCACGACACCAGGACAGCGCUACCGAACCACCACAACAGUUCGCCAGCCUAUCAUAAAUCUUGAUGGCGGUUCACCAUCGGACACCAAUCAGAUCCCAGACACCAACCGAAAAACUGGGGAACGUUACCCACCUGUGCAGGUCCCCCCAGCGGCACCACAGCCUCCAGUUAUGCCUCCCCAAGAUUUCUGUAGUUCCAGAGUGACGGCUGAUAUUUCAUGGCCCCGUACCCAGCAAGGCCAACUCGCCAAGCAGCCGUGCCCGGUUGGGACACUUGGCGUGGCCACGUACAUGUGCAUGGCCCAUCUGGGCUACUGGGAUCCUCAAGGCCCUGACCUCAGCAACUGCACGUCACCUUGGGUCAACCAUAUCAUGCAAAAGCUCCGGUCGGGUGAGACUGCAGCCAUUGUGGCCAGGGAGUUGGCAGAGCAGACCAAAGGGCUACUGCGUCCUGGCGACGUGCCUUCCACUGUGCGGGCCAUGGCCCAGCUGGUAGAACUGCUCGACGUGCAGCUCAGAAACCUUACACCCGGGGGCAAGGACAGUGCUGCUCGCAGCCUUACUAAGCUUCAGAAGAGAGAGAGGUCCUGCAGGUAUUUCACACAGGCCAUGGUGGAAACGGUGAAUAAUUUGCUGCAGCCGCGAGCCCAGACGGCAUGGAGAGAGCUGUCCACCAGCGAGCAGUUGCACUCGGCCACGCUGCUCCUCGAUACCGUGGAGACCGGCGCUUUUAUGUUAGCUGACAACCUCCUCAAAACCGACACUGUGCAGGAGACUACUGACAAUAUCCAACUGGAAGUGGCCAGGCUAAGCACGGAUGGGAGCCUCACCGAUUUGACAUUCCCUCAGUCUGAACUACACGGAAACUCCAUCCAGCUGUCAGCAAGCACUCUCAAACAGCACGGCAGAAACGGUGAGAUCAGGAUGGCCUUUGUCCUAUACAGGAACCUGGGUUCCUAUCUUUCCACUGAGAAUGCCAGUGUCAGACUGAGCAGCAAUGCAGUCUACCCCAACUAUUCGGUCAUUGUCAAUUCACCAGUCAUCACGGCUUCCAUCAACAAGGAAAGCAACAAGGUUUACCUGUCGGAACCCGUCAUCUUCACAGUCAAGCAUCUCCAGCAUUCCGAAGAGAACUUCAAUCCUAACUGUUCCUUCUGGAGCUACUCCAAGCGCACCAUGACAGGGUUUUGGUCUACGCAGGACUGUCGACUGUUAAACACCAAUCGUACCCACACCAGCUGCUCCUGCACUCACCUCACCAGCUUUGCCGUGCUUAUGGCCCAUGUCGAGGUCAAGAAAGCAGACAGUAUUCACGACCUGCUCUUGGAUGUAAUCACCUGGGUGGGCAUCCUCCUGUCCCUGGUCUGUUUGCUCAUUUGCAUCUUCACCUUCUGCUUUUUCCGCGGACUGCAAAGCGACCGCAAUACCAUCCAUAAGAACCUUUGCAUCAGCCUCUUCAUUGCAGAGUCGCUUUUCCUGGUUGGAAUCAACAGAGCAGAUCAGCCGAUUGCUUGUGCAGUCUUUGCGGCCCUGCUCCAUUUCUUCUUCUUGGCAGCCUUCACCUGGAUGUUCCUGGAAGGGGUGCAGCUAUACAUCAUGCUGGUGGAGGUGUUUGAGAGCGAACACUCCCGGACUAAGUACUUCUACCUGGCAGGAUACGGCGUGCCUGCUGUCAUAGUGGCCGUCUCUGCCACAGUGGACUACAGCAGCUACGGCACUGACCGAGUGUGCUGGCUGCGACUGGAUACAUACUUUAUCUGGAGCUUUAUAGGCCCUGCUACACUCAUCAUAAUGCUCAAUGUAAUCUUCCUUGGCAUUGCUCUUUAUAAGAUGUUUCACCAUACAGCCAUCCUCAAACCCGAUUCUGGAUGUCUGGACAACAUCAAGUCUUGGGUGAUCGGGGCUAUAGCCCUCCUCUGUCUGUUGGGCCUUACCUGGGCUUUUGGUCUGAUGUACAUCAAUGAAAGCACAGUCAUCAUGGCUUAUCUUUUCACCAUCUUCAACUCGCUGCAGGGCAUGUUCAUCUUUAUCUUCCACUGUAUUCUUCAGAAAAAGGUACGCAAAGAGUACGGCAAGUGUCUGCGUACUCACUGCUGUAGUGGUAAAAGCGUGGAGACUUCCAUCUCUUCCUCAAAGACCACCACCUCUCGGACACCUGGCCGCUAUUCCACAGGCUCACAGGUGAGCUUACCUGCCUGCACACCUGGACGCUACAGCACAGCAGAAUCUCAGAGUCGAAUCAGGCGGAUGUGGAAUGACACCGUGAGGAAACAGGAGUCUUCCUUCAUCACAGGAGACAUAAACAGCUCCGCCACGCUUAACAGAGGAACCAUGGCUAAUCAUCUUAUAACUAAUGCUCUCCUUCGUCCCCAUGGUACUAACAAUCCUUAUAACACUCUCCUGGGGGACUCUGCAGUCUAUAACAACCCUGCUGCGGGCAUGUACAACACCCAAGCAUCUUACCGAGACGCAAAAGGCAUCCUGAACAAUGCAAGAGAUUCCAGUGUUAUGGACACACUCCCCCUUAAUGGUAACCAUGGCAACAACUACAACAUGGCCAGCAGCGAAUACUUGAGUGACUGUGUGCAAAUUUUAGACCGGAGCGGCGGCUACGGCACCCAUAGCAACCAUAAAGAAACUACCCUGGAAAAAAAGAUCUUGAAGGAACUCACCUCCAAUUACAUCCCCUCUUAUCUCAACAACCACGAAAGGGUCACCAGCGAACGCAGUCACAACUUGAUGAACAAACUGGUCAACAGCAGCAUGGCCAACGGAGGGAGCCUGGCAGGAGGCAGCAGUAGCUCCAGUAGCAGUGGAGUCAGUGGCUGCAUGGGCAACAGUAAAGACGACGGUAGCCCAAUGGUGCUGGACAACCCGUCGGCGUUCCCCCACGAGGAGAACCUCGGUCUGGAAAUAAUCCGAGAGGAAUCCAACGCACCUCUCCUGCCACCGCGCCCCCCUCCUCCCGACAGCCACCCGCCACCACCUCCUCCGCACAAUUACUCAAGGCCGCGCCGCAUCCCACAGGAGGCCAGCGAGAGCUUCUUCCCGCUGCUGACCAAUGAGCAUACUGACGAGCACACUCACUCCCCCAACCACAGAGACUCGCUGUACACCAGCAUGCCGGUUCUCACGGACAUCCCGGAUGGCCAGAUGAACGGCUUGACAGAUGGCGAGGAAGACGGCUCCAGCGAACUGCAGCCCUGUAAGAGUGCCACAGCUCCUGAGUUAGAUGACGUGUACUACAAGAGCAUGCCGAACCUGGGUUCCCGGAACCACCUUCACGAGCUUCAGAGCUACUAUCAUAUGGGCCGUGGAGGUAGCGAUGGAUACGUGGUGUCCGGCAGCAAGGAGGAGUCUGACUCCUCGCCCGAGGAGCCCCCUGUAGACCCUUCCCACCUGGUCACCAGUCUAUAAAGCCCACCAAGAGACUCCUAUCCCUCCCCUGAGCCCACUCUCACAACCUUCCACUUGUGUGUCGUUGACUGACAGGCUAAGCAGGUCCGCCCCUGGACUGAGUCCUGCGUGUAACGUGUAUGGUACAUAAUAAUACAGGGGCUGAAUGUAUUGUCACCACAAGGUGACACUUAAUGAAUAUCAAACAGGAGUAGAACCUUGUACCUGGAAGAGAGAGGAGUGGGGAGGGAUCUGUAAUUCUAUGUGUUUAAUUGGGAUCUUGGAAUAGACAAGAAAAUUCUGUAAUGUGGACCUCCAACAUACCGUAUAGUCUCCACUACUACCACGACUGAGGUUGACCCCUGCUUUCCCUUCAUCGUAUCCUCCCAGUUAAAGGAAUCGUCCUCGCGUCUGUAUGUCGCUCUCACUCAAAAGACAUAUUUUUGGGUGAUUUAAAAGGACAAAGCCACAUCAUUAACUGGCUUCGGGCAAGGCCUCACCGUCACUAUCUGCCAGUCAUGUUGGGGAUGUUUUAAAAAAAAAAAAAAAAAAAUGGAAAGAAAAAAACGACCAAACUCUACUCAUAUGUUUUCUGAUGCUCUCAAUUCUCCGGUCCAUAUCUGCUCAAUGAGAGUCGUGUCCAGGCUGGUGUCAUAUGUUCCUUCCUGCGAGUUCUAGUGAUUGCAGCUGCUGUUUAUUUUGCUAAUAACAAAGAAGAGAGCUUGUAAAUCCAAGUGACUAUAAGUUUAAAAGAAAUGGGGCGGGUGGGCAGAAUGGGUUGUUUCUUCUUUCUUCUGUAAAAGUCUUCAGUUAUCAAAGAAUUAUGAUGAAAUGAUGACAUCAUUUCUAUGUAUUGUAUAGAAUACAGAGACAAUUGUUGCAUAUGACCAAUUCUUAUUGUCAGUUGUCUGUGGAACUGUUCAGAACUGUCUCAUUUGGUUCUCACUUAUGUACGGACGGCGAAGCGUAUAAGGAACAAUCUUUUAUCGAGACAGUUUAGCACUCUGACUAAUAUGCAUUUACCCUACGCACACUUCUUUCUGGUCCUUUUAUAGUGGCACCACGCUCACAUUUUGCAAAUUGUUACUAUAUAUUUUACACGUUGUAGUUAAAGAGGAGGAAAAUAGAGGGGGAUUCAUGGGAAUGCUCUUAUUGGAAGUGGGGUCUUUUGACAUUUUGGGUUUCAUUUAAUAACACUUUUCUUUCGGCACAAGGGGGGUGGGGGGUUCACCUGGACAAGUGAGAAAUUCACACCAGGUAUUUUUGAGCAACUUAUAUAUAAAGCAUAUCGUUUUUAUUGCCAAAUAUUCUAGCAUUUGACAUCACCUAGCUGUACUGGUCAAUAUGUCAUUGUGCAGAAAAAAAUGUCGGAAACAAAUGUCUUUCUCGCAAGAAGAAACCUGAAAGAAAUGCCAUGAUUUUUUUUUUUUUUUUUUUCUCUCCAUACACCAUCGAUGUGUACUGAAAGAACUCUGCACACUGCAGCACUGUCUAAUGUUAAAGCCAAUGUUUACUUAUUUAGGAGAGAAAUUUCAAAAGUGUAUUAAGAGUAGCUUGCACAUGUAUCUCAGAAGCCCCUUCCAAGUUCCCCGAGAGAGAAAUUAUUUAUUUAUCUGUUUAUUGGUUAGAAAGAAAGCAAAAACAAGCUUGGAAGAAAAAGAGCUGACUCGAUGCAGGAGUAAAUAGGGUGGCAUGGGUGGUUCUUUUUUGUUUGUCAUUUAUUUUAAAUUAUUACGAUCAUGUUGAUUAUAACGAUAUUAUUGAUGAUUAUUUAUUCUUUUUGUAUGGGUUCCAAGUUGAAUGAUCUCAUAACUAAUAUUUGUUGUAACAGUGAAAGUUGUUUGCCAACAAAUAAAUUACUGACAUAG